ACAUUAGGUUGUUCGCUAGCAACCAGAGCUGCGAAAGGUGCCGUGAGGGUGGGAACAAGUGAAGCUGCUGCAGGUGGGUAUUUUAAAUUUGGUGCCUUUUUAAUAAGGGUUUUUAUAUGAGAACAAUUCAGCCAGUGACACAAUGAUAAGAGAGAGUGCGCAGCUUUGGCCUGAGACUUCAAACCACUCCAACCUUUGUGACAAUGAUCAAGAAGGUCUGAUCUUUGAGAACUAUGACAGUUUGGAUUCCCAGGGUGUGGAGUUGAGCAACCUUCCUACAUCUCUGUUUGCUUGCUGUGUGCAUGAAGCAGUCUAUGAAGAUGAAAAACAGAAGGAACGGUUUGAAGCCCUCUUCCGUGUUUAUGAUGAACGGGCCACAUUCCAAUUAUUCCGAAGUUUUCAGAGAGUACGGAUAAACUUCAGCAAUCAAGAGGCAGCUGCACGGGCCCGAAUAGAACUCCAUGAAUCCGACUUUAAUGGCUCCAAACUCAAACUUUAUUUUGCACAGGUCCAGAACAGCAAAGAUGAGGUCAAUAACAUGUACUUGAGCCCGCCUCCACCUGUGAAACAGUUUCUCAUCUCCCCUCCAGCCUCUCCUCCAGUUGGAUGGCAUCCGAUUGAAGAUGCUACUCCCACUAUUAAUUAUGACCUUCUACGUGCAAUUGCUACUCUUGGUCCAGGUGACAAAUACGAAGUUCAUACAGGAACAGAAGGCACUCCAAGUGUUGUGGUUCAUAUCUGUGAGAGCGAAAGUGAAGAAGAAGGUUUUGCAGCAAAUCUACCUUGCAUCCCCAGAAAAUCUGCCUUUACCAUCAGGAAAAUUGGCUUGGCACCAGAACUGAUCACCUAUAAAUAAAUUAUUUGAAUUUUAAAAGUGAAAUGAGAUAAUGUGAUCUGCAGUUAUCAGUUAAGUACGUUGGCCAGCAGAUCUCCAUUUCGGCCAGUUACUUUACCUAAAUAGAUUGCCAUUAAAAAACAAUAUUGCUGGGAAAAAUGCAGAUUCAGGGUGGUAUUUAGUGUAAACGACAGUGCUCCAGCCAGCGAGAGCCGCACCCCGCAUCUUUUCAAGAAAGCCAGCCAAAUUGGGUGCCAAUCAAGCACUUACCUGGGAAAAGUCCCAUCCGCCAAUAGCUUCUAACCAAUCAGAGGCACGUAGCUCUUCAUUGUUUGUUUGACAGCGGACCUGGGAGGCGUUGACUUGCCAGUAAUGUACUCACCUGAGGCCCAAAAUCACCAAGGGACCCAGGCCACAGGUGAGUGAUAGUGGGAGGUGGUUGGCAGCAAGGACAUAGGUGACUCUCAGCGGCCCUCCCUGAUGCCAGCUCCCUCAAUCAGGCACUGAGUGCCUUUGAAAGGGGAACCCUUCUGAAAGCCCUCCUAUUUGGGUGAGCAAUUCCAGACUCUUAGCAAUUCGGCUGACUCUUAGCUGCCCUGUGAAAUAGCCUACCAAGCCACUUGGUUCGAGGACAGUUAGGAAUUGGCAACAAAUGUUGGCCUUGUCAGCACAUCCCAUGAAAGAAGAAAAAUACACAGCAGCAUGGAGAGUGAAUCCUAGCGAUGAUAGAUGAGACCCUUAAGUAGGCAUUAAUUACCUACUUAGGGGCAUCCACUGGCAGCGGGGCAGGAAGGCUGUCAACAAACCUUCCCACCUCGGACUUGAUCGGGGCAGAGGCAGGAAGGUGGCGGAGUCCCCAACUGCCACCCUCCCAUCUGAUUAAAUAACCCCGCCACCAAACUCAUCACGGGAGGGAAUUAAAUUCCAUCCAAAGAAUUGUUCAAAGUAAAUAUCUGAACAAACUGGGGAGCAAACCUCAUGCAACUUAAAUAAUGCAUUGCAUCUUUCCAUGCCUUGGCCUUGCCCUAAGUCAUUGGGUGACCAGCUGUCAGAGAGAUGCUGCUUUGGCGCUGGCUAUGAGGAGUUGCGCAUCAGCAACUUGGAGUGAUAUUGGCACGUGCUUUGCCUUUACCUCUCAAAGAACAAGGCUAAGAUCAGCAGCUUAAGAUGUGGAUUAUUACAGGCCAAUGAACUGCAAUACAUUGUGCUACUGAUUUACCACAAAUUUCCAAAUAACUAAAUAUGAUGUAAUUUGCAGCAGAUUACAAGGACAAAUUACAUGAUGUGUACUGAUUUAUCUCUGAAACUGGGAAAGGUUAAUGUCCUUUGCAGCUUGGAAAGUGGCAUACCCUGAAAUGAAAUUCUAGGGAAUAAUUGGCAACUAAAAAUGUUAAACGCUAUUGUAAAAACUUUAGUAUUUUGUUUUUCUCUUGGUUCUUUCCUACAGGAUUUUAUCCUGUUUGAAAGAAUGUGACAAUGUAUACCGGAGGGUGCCAGGAGUCAUCCUUAAGUGGUGCAGGAUGGAACUCAUCCCAUUUACAGACUUGACAAUAAUGGAAAAUCGUAAGGAUUGUCACAAAUCGCACCGUUGUGAGAUCCUGGAUAUUGCAAUGUAAAAUCAGAAGAACACAUCCUACACGUUUAUUUAUUUGCAUCAGAGCAAAAGCAAAAGGUACAAGACAGUAUCUGACCAAGGUGACAAUUUUCAGAAUAAAGGUAUGUCAAACAUAAUCCCACUGUUUAUAAGUCCAUAACAUUAAUUGGGUUCUCAGAAAAUCGAUGUAAUCUUACUUUCUUCCCAAACUAGGCAAGUAGAGCAUUUUUUUUUCAGUACUGCUGUAAUGACAAGAUUUAUUUUCAGACAUGUGCCACGUUGGCUGACCGCAUGGAGAUGGCAGGAAGGAGGAGAAUAUGUGAUCAUUUAUGUUAGGUAUAAAACUAGGGGAGGGGAGAAUAAAUUAUAAAAAUUAUCAGGCACUACUUAAUACACCAAAAAUUUUAUUUUAAUUAACUGUUCCAUAGAAAAUGCAGUAAUGGGAAUUGAUAUACUUCUGUAACAGUAGAGGGCAAUGUAUUAAUGCAUCUAAGUAAACUUUCAUGGUUGGAAUUUUACAUUUGGCAUGUGGGCGCAUGCCUGACAUGCCAGAGCGUAAUAUGACAUCGGGCAUGUGUCCGGAGUCAGGCACAUGCCGGAGGCAGCUGCGUGCCCACCAAUAAUUGAAAGGCCUAUUAAGGCCAUUAACAAGCUAAUUAAAAUCAAAUUAACAC